CCGCAAUGGAUCAGGAUGAAGGGAUGACAGCGGUGGACAAUAUAGUCACUCAGUUCAACACCUACGAAGAUUUCCUCGACUCACAGAUCACUACCGUGGACUUGUACUACCUGGAGGAUGAAAGCUUGGCCCGCCAGUUGGUGGAGCUAGGAUAUCGAGGGACUGGAGAGAUAGUGAAAAGGGAAGAUUUUGAAGCGAGGAAGGCAUCUAUAGAGAUUGCAAGGCUGGCUGAAAGAAUUCAGAAAAAGACACUCACCAGUGCGGGGAAAGACCUGCAGGACAACUUUCUGAAGGCCUUGGCGCUGAGAGAAGAAGACAACCGCGGCGGGAAAGUGAGCUCUGUGAUCUUCAUUCGGGACAGAAACACUCACGGCCAGGAGGUGUCGGGGUACAUCGACUACGCCCACAGGCUGAAGACCGAAGAUUUCGAAGUCUACUUCAACGGGAAAAAAAGACUUCUUCCAAGGCCCACGGACAUGAGCUUUUACAAUUGGGACAAUCACAUCGCUCUUUGUAAUUCAACUCCCAACUAUCAAGUGAUUUCGGACAAUCCGGAAGGUUUACUUUUCAAAUACAAAAGAGACCGAAAAAUUCUCAACGUGGACCCAAAGGCACAACCAGGUGAUAACUCUACGAGAACCCCUAUCCAGACAGAACUCUACAUUCAAGCUGCCAUUUUUGACCAUGUUUCCAGAAGAAAGACUUAA